AUGUCCGAAUUGGAAGACGCAACCACCCUCUGCAUAUUGGGCUGCGGCAACCUAGGCACCGCCAUCCUCACCAACCUCAUCGAGCCCACCCCAAGCAAUGCCGACCCGCUCCCCUUCACGAACUUCAUCGCCUGCGUGCGCAGCGAGAAGUCGGAGCAAGCCCUAAAGCACCGCUUCCCUUCCCCACCGCAAAACCUCACCAUCUCCCGGGGCUCCAACACCGCCGCCGUGCAAUCCGCCUCCGUCAUCAUCCUCGCCGCCGACCCCGCCGACAUCCCCAGCCUCCUCGCCGCCCCGGGCCUGCGCGACGCCCUCGCCGGCAAACUCCUCAUCAGCGUCGCCGCCGGCUGGACGCGCCCCGCGCUCGAAACGACCCUCUACGGCACCGCGACGACCGCCGCCAAUCGCCGCGCCGAGAACCGCGCCUGGAUCAUCCGCACGCUGCCCAACAUCGCCGCCCUCGCAGCCGCGGGGCUGACGGCCAUCGAAGUCGAUGACGACGCCGCCGCCGCCGCCGCCGCCAACCACGCCACGCACCUCGACCUCACCACCGCCAUCUUCUCCCGCGUCGGCCGCACGCUGCGCGUCGCGCCGCGCCACAUGGACGCCGCGACCGCGCUCGCCGGCUCCACGCCCGCCUUCUUCGCCGUCAUCUGCGACGCCCUGGUCGACGCCGGGGUGGCGGUCGGCGUGCCCCGCGACCAGGCGAGCGCCAUGAUCUUCCAGGCGAUGGCCGGGACCGCGGCGAUGCUGAAUGACGGCGUGCACCCCGGGGUGUUGAAGGACCGCGGGACGUCGCCUGAGGGAUGCACGAUUGGCGGGUUGAUGGUGAUGGAGGAGGGGGGCGUGAGGGGGACGGUGGGGAGGGCGUUGAGGGAGGCGGUGACGGUGGCGAGGUUGAUGGGGAGGGAGGGGGGGGCGGGGCAUGUGAAUGAUACGGUGAGGUAG